GAUCUCGAUUAAUUAUUAUUAGGGAAAUAAACAAUGAGGGAAUUCAAGCUAAUUCUAUUGCUGCUCUUCAGUGGGUGCAUAAUGCUUGCUGAAGCAUCAGGGAGGUCUUUUUUAAUUGACUAUGAGAAUGAUACAUUCCUCAAGGAUGGUAAACCAUACAGAUAUAUUUCUGGCAGUAUGCACUACAGCCGAGUACCACCGUUUUAUUGGAGAGAUCGAUUGCAAAAAUUUGUUGCUGCUGGAUUAACUGCUGUUCAAACGUAUGUUCCAUGGAACUUCCACGAAGUAAAAUCAGGAGAGUACAACUUUGAGGGUGAUAAGGAUCUUGUUAGUUUCAUUACAUUGGCUCAGAAUGAAGGAUUGGAUGUUAUUCUUCGUGCCGGGCCCUACAUCUGUGCUGAAUGGGAAAUGGGAGGCCUUCCAAGUUGGCUACUCAUGAAUAAAGGGAUCCGUCUUCGUACCUCAGACCCAGUCUACUUGUUGCAUGUUGAUCGUUGGAUGUCGGUGCUCUUAGGUGAGAUUAAACCACUACUAUAUGAGAACGGGGGUCCCAUAAUAAGUGUUCAGGUGGAGAAUGAAUAUGGUAGCUACUUUGCAUGCGAUGGAGACUAUCUAAGCCACCUUCAUGAUGUGUUCAGGAUGCACCUAGGGCAAAAUGUGGUGCUUUUCACAACGGAUGGUGACAAUGAAGGUGACCUUAAAUGUGGUACCAACACCUCAUUGUUUUAUGCUACAGUAGACUUUGGGAUUACAUCUGAUCCAGCAAAAAACUUUGCUCCGCAAAGAGCUAUUCAACCACAUGGUCCUCUCGUAAACUCUGAGUUCUAUACAGGCUGGCUAGACUUCUGGGGUAAACCACACUCAAGAAGAGACUCGACAGCUGUUGCAAAAUCUCUUGAUGCUAUUCUCACUCUCAACGCUUCUGUUAAUAUGUAUAUGUUCAUUGGUGGAACUAAUUUUGCAUUUUGGAAUGGUGCCGAUGUUUCAAAUGCAUUUUUACCUGUUCCCACAAGUUAUGACUAUGAUGCUCCUUUAACGGAAGCCGGCGAUCCUUGGCAGAAAUAUAUGGCUAUCAGAGAUGUAAUUAAGAAGUAUCAUGAAGUGCCAUCUACUAUUCCACCUUCAACUCCAAAAUCAGAGUACGGUUCAAAGAUCAAUCCAGAUGGUGUAGCUUCAUUGUGGGUCGCCACCGAUUUGUAUCUCACCCAGCUGGAAGGAACGGAUCCAUACCCAAUAGAGAGUUUAGGCGAAAACUUUGGAUUUGUUUUGUAUUCGCACACAUUCUCAAGCUCUGAAGCUGAACAUGGUGAUCUAAUUAUACAUGGAUGCCAUGAUCGUGCAUCUGUAUAUAUUCGACCAGGUCCAGCAUAUCACCACACACUUGUUGGUAUGGGAAUGCGUGAAGGACCUGUUAGCAGUGAUGUAAAGAUAGCUAACCUUACACUACCUGAUAGCACAGCAGGACCACCGCUAACAAUGUUCAUAUUGGUUGAAAACAUGGGCAGAUUAAACUACGGUACUUAUAUCAAUGACUCAAAAGGCAUCCUUGGAAGUGUUGAGUUUAAUGGACAAUCCUUAGAAGGGUGGGUGUCCAGUGCAAUACCAAUGCAUGAAGUUGAAGGACUAGUUCCGUUUGAUCCAGUAGGUAAAGAUGAUCUACCUAAAAGUGCUGUUUUCUAUCGGUUUUCUUUCGUGAUUGCAGGUCAAGCAAACGACACCUUUCUUAGUGUUGACAAUUGGGGCAAGGGAGUCGCUUUUGUUAACGGCUUUAAUAUUGGUCGAUAUUGGCCUAAAGUAGGGCCGCAAAGGACGCUGUUUAUCCCUGCUAACAUCCUGAAGUCCAAUAGCAUGAACAAUGUUAUACUUUUCGAAAUCGAUGCUGCCCCAUGCAAUGGCCAAGACAACACUAACUGUACCAUAUCGUUUUCCACUACUCCAAAUAUCGGCUAAUUACAUGACUGUAUAGAACUCAGACGAGAAUACUUAUCCUCAUGGGUGUCAGUACGUGUUGGUUUAACAAUUAGGUGUUGUGACACUACUGUAGUAGAAACAUAAUGUAUUACAUGCAUUGUACCCAUUACUACAUACAUGUGUACUGUUGUAUGUACGUAUAUACAUGUAGUAUGACUGUGGAAAAAAUUAUGUUGUAAUA